GGCGCGCCCCAUGCGGGAGAGAAUGGAGGCGCUCGUGAGGUUGAAGCAACAGCAAAUCACCGACGCCGUCCGGGCCGCAGACUGCGUGGAUUUCCACACCGACACCUGGGAACGUGCCGAGGGCGGCGGCGGCCAGUCCAUGGUGCUCCAGAACGGGCAGACCUUCGAGAAGGGCGGUGUCAACAUCUCCGUGGUGCACGGCACGUUGCCGCCCCAGGCCGUGCAGAGAAUGCGGGCCAACCACAAGAACCUCCAGGGCAGCAGCGACGGGUCCGUGGACUUCUUUGCGUGCGGGUUGUCGUUGGUCAUCCACCCGCACAACCCGUUCGCGCCCACCACGCACUUGAACUACCGCUACUUCGAGACCACGGACCCCGCGUCGGGCGCCGUGACCGCGUGGUGGUUUGGCGGCGGCGCGGACUUGACGCCCGCGUACUUGGACGAGGCGGACGCGGCCCACUUCCACGCGCAGCACAAGGCCGCGUUGGACCGCUUCGACACGCUGUUGUACCCGAGGUGGAAGAAGUGGUGCGACGAGUACUUCUACAUCAAGCACAGGAACGAGACGCGGGGCGUCGGCGGCAUUUUCUUCGACGACUACGACGAGAAGGACCCCGGCGACGUGCUCCGCAUCGUGGAGGCGUGCUUCGACGCGUUCGUCCCGGCGUACAUUCCGUUGGUCGAGAGGCACAGGAACGACGCGUUCACGCCCGAGCAGAAGAACUGGCAGCAGAUCCGCCGCGGCCGCUACGUCGAGUUCAACUUGGUCUUGGACAGGGGCACCCAGUUCGGCUUGCAGACCCCGGGCUCGCGCGUCGAGAGCAUCUUGAUGUCGCUCCCGGCCACCGCCAGCUGGGUGUACGACCACCACCCGGCGCCGGGCAGCGAGGAGGAGAAACUCGUCAAGGUGUUGCAGAAGCCCGUGGACUGGGUGUAGCGCCGCACCGCACGCCCGGGCGCCCUUGUAUAUACGUGCGCUUACAUUAAUAGAGGGCCGUGGCCGCAAGCCCCGGCGAACAUGCGGACGCUGCGCCCGCCAAGCCUACUGCUCCGUGAAAAAUUGAUAAAGCGGGUCUACUGCUCUGUGAAACAACUAUUAAAGCGGGCCUACUGCUCCGUGAAAAAACAGUAUCAAGCGGGCCUACUGCUCCGUGGAAAAACAGUAUCAAGCGGGUCUACUGCUCCGUGAAAAAACUAUUA